UUUGUGUGGAGAUGUUUGCAUGUUCUUGCUGAAGAUCAGUUGAGCGAAUUGUUUUCCUCCAGGUUUACUCAAACAGGAACUUGAGGUUUGAUGCAGGGUUUUCCCAGACAUGCUUGACGCUGAACAAUGUCAAGACCGUACCCUGCGCUUCCUUUGCCAAGCAGCUACACAGUAUGCCAUUCUUGCACCUGCGGUGUCCAGAUCACUGGGGCGAAGGUUGAAGAACUAUGCAAAAAGCUCCAAAGUGUUGCUGCACCCAAGCACUGAACAACUCUUUUGUCCCAGAUGCUCUCAAGCCUAUGUUCCAGGCUGCAACUGCCGUGUUUCCACGCGGCCACGGCCCCGCAGAAAGAAACCACGAAAGAAGACUAAAAGAGCUUUGAAUGAGCUGACGCCAUCAAAGCCAAAAUCCUCCCCAGGUAAAGGCGGCGAGCCGAAAGGUGGCAUGGAGACAGCAAAGCCAGACCCAAAGGCCAAGACAAAGGCAGCCAAGAGAUACGUCCAGUACUCUUGUGGAGUGUGUCGUCACCGUCGUCGCAUUCCUUUGCCCAAACGACGAAGGCAAAAGAUCACGCCACAGUCGCCGAAUUCCGGCCAUGGCAGCCAUGGAAGCCAUGCGGUUUUUCGAACUGUGGCACAGAAGAGACAAGCUGCUGCUGCCGAAGAAGCCAAAAACGCUGCCAGAGCUGCAAAGCGACAGAGGGCUAAGGCAAAGGCAUUGGCCCAACAGGCUCAAACAACAAAGGAGAUUCAAGUGGGGCAGGAUCCCAAGGAUGCAAAGAUCCCAGCCAUGAGCUCAGCUCAGGAGGUUGCUCCAAAUCUGGAGGACUCAGAGGCCAAAAUCGGAUCGAAAGGAUUGGAUGAAAAGGCUGCAACUCCCACUGAGCUCAGGGCUGGUGAAGCUGCGCCCAAGGCUGCUCCUGCAGGUCCAACAUCUCAAGGUCAAGAACCUCGGCGCAAGCGAAAACGAGAAGAUAAACUGAGUCGAGUCAUGAACCAAUUGAGCAAUCAACGUUCUCAAAGCUUAAGUGGCUUUGAUUUCUAAGUCUCCACAGCAUGGCGCUGAAAGUGUGGCUGGCAAAAAA